AUGCCUUACCCGUUUGUGCUCCCGACAACAUCGGCCUUUGCCUUUUCCAACGCCUUUACCAGCGACUCGCACCCCUCGCUGCCCCUCAGCGCCAGCACCUACCGCGGCGUCGUCCGCGACGCCCUCAAGAAACACAAGCGCCUCGGCGUCAGCGCGCAAAACGCCAACCUCGGCAGCAUCGUGUCCGCCAUUGACGCCUACCUCCCAUAUCUCCUCGCCAUCGAGGCCGGCCUGGCGCGUCGGCCGGUCGGCGCGACCGGCCAGCUCGUCGCGGUGACGGCUACAAACGCGCCGCGCAUCGAGUGGCGGCCCACGCUCUCGGGCGAGGUCGUGCCGGGCCGGGAGCGCGCGCGCGUCAAGAUUGCGAGCCUGGAGCACGAGGUAUGCUUUGUGCUGUCGACGCUGGCGUUUGCCCAGGUCGCGACGGCGAGAGCCUGUCUGCAGCCGCUGUACUCGACGACGGGCAGUGUGCUCGGCGCACAGCAGCGCACGACAGCCAUUACGACGGCGACGAAGCAUCUUCUAGAGGUCGCCUCCAUCUAUGAUUAUAUUGCGCGCCGAAGCGAAACGCCGACCGCAGCGCCCCAAGGGCCGCCGCCGCCGCCGCCUUGUGUUGACAUUAGUCCGUCGACAGCCAGAGCAAUGUCAUCGCUUGCGCUGGCCGAGGCAACUCUUCUCGCCAUUCUCAAAGACGAUCCAUACCCCGCUGCCGUGGCGCAGGACCGCAACGUCAACGACACGGAGUGGAUGUACAAGGCGCCCGACAUCCCCAAAGUGCGGGCCCAUCUCUUUGCGCGCCUCGCCCUGGCCGCGUCUGAACACGCUGCAAAGGCCGUCGCGCUGUGCCAGAGCGGUGUCGCGGCUCCAGGAAUCAGUAGCAAAAUCAGCCCGCAUUUAAUAAAGUACAUGGAGGAUUUGCGACGGACAAGCCGCGCCAAAGCUUGCCGCUUCUUUGGCAUCGACGCAGAGCUGGGCGGCGAGACUGCGGACGGCAUCGGCUGGGCGCGCGCAGGCCUCCAGGAGGUGGGAGUCGAUGUUUCGGAAAAGAGCAAGAAGAAUAGCGGCGGAUUGGGAUUUGGCAGAUUAAAAAAGGAGUUCAAGGAACGCAGAGAAGAUCGCAGGGUGGACGGCGAUGGCUCUGCCUGGGGCUCGGAUGCAGGCAAGCUCGAGGAGACGAGAAUAUUGGAGCUACUGGAUGCAAAAUGGAGCAAGAUUAAUGAUACGAUGAACACAAAAGCAGUACCGUCGCCGGCUACUUUACUGCCAAAGAUGCCCUCUGGGCGCGAUAUACAUACUAUAAAGCCGUACUCGCCACCAUCGCUAGGUUUAGAUAUGCUGGAUGCCAUGAGAGUGCCACCAGAGCGCGAGGAUAACCUGGAUGGCGACUUGAGCUCCGACGCUGAUGAGCCAUUACCGUCAAACCCACCAGGAGCUUAUCCUGGAGCCGAUUACUCUGGCGGUCGGACAACAGCAAGUUUAUAUUACUGA